GGCGAAGAGUCCGGGUCAAGGCGCUUUGGAGUUGUAAUUUUUUACCGGGUUUGUUUUGCUGCUGAGAAGGCAUCGCCUUCCAGGCUGACCCGAGGCAGCCUCGCGGUUCGGGCGCUCGGGCACCCAGGGCGGGCAUGCUGGGCCGUCUCCCGCCAUGCGCGCUGCGAGCGCGGCCGGGCGUCUGGUUCGGGACUCCUGGGGCCCGGUCGUGCGUCUCCGGCGGGGAUCGGCGGGGAUUGGCUCCUCACGGGCCUCGGAGGGAGUGGACGCUGCCGGUGAGCCCGUUCGGGCGGCUGAGGGCGCGGCUCCCGUGCCACUUGCUCGUGCGGCCCCUGGAUCCCCACGCGCACCCGGACGGCGACCGCGUGCAGGUGGCAGUGUGUGGCGUGGGGCUCCAGGCGGGCGGCCUGGACGGCCUGCAGGUCGAGUAUGACGCUGCUCGGCAGGAGAUGGUCAUCCUGUCCAACGACAUUGACCCCCGGGCGUCGGUGGAGGUGAACGCGCCCCUCAAGUUUGAUUUGAAUAUCGAGUCAUUGGGGUCCGGCUCUGUAAAGGUACAGAAUAUUGAAUGUGAUAGCUGUAAGAUCAGCACCGCACAGGGGACCAGCAUCUUGCAGUCUGUGAAGAGCCAAAAUUUACACAUCCAAACGAAAGGAGGCAACGUGAUCUGUCUGGGGACGGUUUACGGAAACAUAGAUAUCCAAGCUUCACACCAGAGUAGCGUGACCGUAGAUAAGCUUCAGGGAAGUUGCGUCCAUAUAUCGACAGAGGAUGGUUUACUGAAAGUCAAGUAUCUUUAUACAGAAUCUUCGUUUUUGUCUUCGGCUGCUGGGGAUAUUGCAUUAGGAAAUGUUCAUGGCAAUAUCGUAUUACAAAGCAAGACGGGUAACAUUACGGUGGAUUCGUCCUCUGGGUGUCUGAAGGCCUCAAGUCACCAGGGUGCCAUAGAUGUCCAUAUCAGCCAGCUGGAGGAAGCGGCACUGACUUCCCAGGAGGGCUCUAUUACUGUCAAGACCCCAUCUUCUCUACAAGCUUAUUUAAAGUUAUCAGGGAAAGAAGUGGUUGUGGAUGCAGGCGCUCAUGUUCACGACAUGGCCAAGGAUCAUAAAGGUGGCGGUGUGACGGUCACAGGACUCAUCAAUCAAGCAAGGAGUCAGGAAAGGUGGAUAAACGCCGUCGCCCCUAAAGGCACUGUGACUUUUAAACAUCAGAGCUGGUUUCAGUCCCUGAAACUGCCGGGCUGAGAACGGCUCUGCCAUGUUUGUCAAUUCUCGUGUGGACUAGCAGACCUGUGAGUGUGAAAACGCUGACACCGGAGUUCACUGCAAUGUCACAAACAACAGCAUUGGCCUCGGGCGUUCCGCAAAACGUGCACUUGACUACAGAGUUUGUUUUCUAUUGCUGUGUUCCAAGUUACAGAAGCCCCCAGGAUAUGUUCUGAGACAUCCAGGGAUGCCUGAAACCACAGGCAGUGUCAACUCCUAUAAACUGUGUUUCUUAAUAAACACACAUGCCAGCUGAAUGCCUUUCCUGUUCAACUAAGCGGAUACAUACUCUGAGCAAAACUCUGGCCGUUGUUCUUCCAAUAGCAAGAGAGAUGGCUUUCUUCUUCCUUCUUUGCAGGGUCACAGCAGUGCAUCCACCCUGACUGUCGGGCCUAGCAGCCUCAGCAUAUAAUUUGUUUUCUUACCAAGUCGAGAACUUUUAUCUUUUUCCUUAAGGCAUUUUGUGGCUUCUCUUUGUCAGACCCAACUGCAAACGUCAUUACCGCUGUACCUCAGAGCCAUUGCUAACAUAAGGACCCGCUGGACUCUGGCACCGCGGCACCACUGUGAUGGCUGAGUGACGGAGUGGCUGACGGACAGCUAGUGUGCACAGGUAGCAUGACGCGCGUGCAAGGGAACGGCUCACACUGAACGGAUCAGUGCAAGGCUCCCUCGUGCUGCUUCAGAUGACACACGAUUUAAGACUUACACAUUACUUACUUCCAGAAUUUAUCAGCCACAAGUUACUGAAGAAAUAAGAAGCAAUCCUUGGAUGGGGCAAGAGAACAGUUCUCCCAGAUUUAAUGACUUCAGAUCACUCUUCGCAGCUUAUAGCUGGUGAUGUGGGCCUUGUGCUCCGCGUCUCUCGGCUGGAGCAGAGGUGCCGACCAGGCUGAGGAUGUUGUCUGGGGCUGCAGGGAGAAGGCUCCCAGGCUCACUCUUAUUGUAGGGAAAUCGCAUUCUUUAUGCCUGUGUGACAUCCUUGUCUUGCUGCCUUCCAUAGAGGGUUACUCUGUCCGUCUGCCAUCUCCACCUCGUGGGGACCCGCUGUCUUCAUGGGAACACACGGAGUCCUCCUGCUGUGAACGUCUGACUUCCGUAUAAGCUGGAGAAAGCUCUGUUUGGUUGGCCAAGGUAUUUAACAUGAUUCUGGGCAUGUCACAUCCUCUCCACGCACCCACUUGAGAGAUGACUGUGUCAAGGCCCAGGUGUCAAAGUCACCUUCGGAUUGUUGUUACUGCCGCCCACAUGAGAGAGUUUCUUCUUAGUACCUCCUGUGGCAUUGUCUUUAAGUUGUGACUCAAACACUUCUCAUGUAGGUGAAGCAGGAGCUUCUGAUUUAGUGUGUCUGCAGGUGAUGAUGUACUCACUGUGGGAAAGAACUUAUUCUGUCAUCAGAUGUAUGAAGAUACAAUCACUUUCAUAAGGCACGCUGUAAUUUAUAGAAUUCCUUUAUGAAUUCCAUUUCUUUAGAAAUGGCUACUGUAACAUUAACUGUACUACACUGAGCAGAUCAAUUUAUCGGAUUGUAUUUUGGUUUUGAUAAAUUAGUGAUUAGAUACUGAUUUCAAAUAAACUUUCUAAAUAUUAUUUAUAA